AUGGAUCCUAUGGGAGGUGGUGGUGAUAUGCUAAUCGACGAAUACGAUGUGGUUGAUGAGAAAACUGAAGUGGCUAUCAUCACUGCAGAGGACUCUCCAGAAGAGCAAGAACCCGAGAUCCGGGCGGACGAUUAUGAUGCUAUGAAACUCCGAAUCCUGCCCAAAGAUGCCGAUUUAGAGACAGACAGUGAAGCUGUACACACUUGGGUUAUUGAUGAUUGGCGACACCUGGAAAAGAAAACACGGGGCCCCAAGUUCGAGUGUGGCGGGCAUCCAUGGAGAGUACUGCUAUUUCCAUUUGGAAACAACGUCGACUUCGCGUCUUUCUAUCUCGAACAAGGCUAUGAAGAUGGAGACCAGAAGCCGCCUGAGGGCUGGUACGCUUGUGUACAAUUCAGCUUGGUUUUGUGGAACAAGCAUGACCCAUCGAUAUAUGUUAUGCAUACUGCGAACCACCGCUUUAACGCCGAAGAAAGCGACUGGGGCUUCACACGAUUCGCCGAGGUACGGCGGCUUUUCGCUCCACAGUGGGACAACAAAGGUCGGCCCAUGAUUGAGAAUGAUGCCGUUAAUGUGACCGCAUAUCUCCGGAUAUACAAGGAUCCAACAGGAGUCCUCUGGCAUAACUUCAUAAAUUACAACUCGAAGAAAGAGACCGGCAUGGUUGGCCUUAAGAACCAAGGCGCUACCUGCUAUCUCAACUCACUCCUUCAAUCCCUAUACUUCACGAACGCUUUUCGCAAGGCAGUGUACCAAAUACCUACAGAAGCCGAAUCUGAUCGAAAGACAGCAAACAGCGCCUGGGCUCUUCAAAGACUCUUCUACAUGUUACAAAGCUACGAAGAAGCUGUUUCGACCCAGGAGCUAACAGCUUCUUUCGGUUGGGAGACCAAGCACAUCUUUGAGCAACAAGACGUCCAGGAGCUUUCAAGAAUCCUUAUGGAACGUAUGGAGGAGCGAAUGAAGGGCACUGAUGCUGAGAACGCAUUAGCAAAUAUGUUCGUGGGCAAAAUGAAAACCUACAUAUCCUGCAUCAACGUCGAUUAUGAAUCGUCGCGAAUAGAGGACUUUUGGGAUAUCCAACUGAACGUCAGUGGGAAUAAGAGCCUGGACGAAAGCUUCAAGGACUACAUCCAGGUAGAGACCAUGGAGGGCGAGAACAAAUAUUUCGCAGAAGGGUAUGGCCUGCAAGACGCCAAGAAGGGUGUGAUCUUCGAAAGCUUCCCUCAAGUUCUCCACCUCCAACUGAAGCGCUUUGAAUAUGAUAUCAACCGUGAUGCAAUGAUGAAGGUCAAUGACCGCUACGAAUUCCCUGAGAUCUUUGACGCUUCACCCUAUCUAUCAAACAGUGCAGACAAAUCUGAACCAUAUGUCUACCAACUCCACGGCGUGCUCGUGCACAGUGGUGACUUCAACGCUGGACAUUACUACGCCUUCUUGAAGCCGACUGCGAACGGACAUUUUUACAAAUUCGACGACGAUAGAGUGACGCGAGCAACCUUGAAGGAGGCAUUGGAAGAAAAUUUCGGUGGUGAUUACGCGAAACUCAAUGGCAAUGUUGGCGUCCGAAAUCCAUACACGCGGACUCUAUCAACCAAGCGAUCGAUGAGCGCUUACAUGCUCGUCUACAUUCGUCAAAGCCGUGUGCAGAGUAUACUACACGAGGUAUCUGCGGAGGACACACCCCCCCACCUUGCAAAACAACUCAAUGAGGAGCGAGAAGCUGCUGAGCUUCGGCGGAAAGAACGUGAAGAGCAACACCUAUAUCUCUCGAUCGGCGUGGUUACCGAAGAUAACUUCAAAGCACAUCAAGGUUUCGACCUUACCGAUUGGGAUCCAGACGAAGCAACGAACUCUACACCGAAAGUCCAUCGUGUCUUGAGGACUUCAACCCUAGCAGAGUUCGCCAAGACUUUAGCCGAGAGUCAGCGGCUCCCACCUGAGCAAGUCCGCUUGUGGGUGAUGGUAAAUCGCCAGAACAAGACUAUACGACCAGACCAACCCCUUCCGGAGCCAGAGAUGACCAUAGACGAGGCUUACAGCAAGUACGGUGGCCGGGAUAAGAGCUUCCGGCUGUUCCUAGAAAGGGCCUCGCAGAUCGAAGCAGGGAAAUCCAUGUGGUCAGAUAUACAACCACCAAACACCACCAACAAUCAGCCGAUGCUGAUAUUCCUCAAAUACUUUGACGCCGAGGCGCAGACUCUGAAGGGCGCUGGUCACAUCUAUGUCAAGAAGCAGUGUAAGGUUGCGGAAAUGGUACCCAUGAUACUGCAGCUUAUGGGCUUGUCACAUGGCCCAAACGCUUUGUCCAAUGGCGUUACGAAUGGUACACCUUCACCACCCUCGCUCGCACUCUAUGAGGAAAUCAAGCAUUCGAUGAUUGAGCCAAUGAAGCCGAAAUCCACCUUACAUCAAGCCGAAAUCCAAGAUGGUGACAUUGUCUGUUUUCAACAGGUUUUGUCAGAAAAAGAAGCCUUGGGUGUUGCGCAGGCUGGCGGCUACACUGACGCCAGAGAGUUCUACGAUUACCUACUGAAUCGCAAAACCGUCAGCUUCUCUCCCAAAUUUCCCACUGAGAGUGACAGCGACAUUUUCAAGAUCGAUCUCAGUCGAAAAAUGUCGUAUGAGCAAUUCUCAGCGAAGGUUGGCGAAUACCUGAAGGUCGACCCGACACACCUCCGCUUUUCGACUGUCAACUCCACCACGGGCAAGGUCAAGAACCCCGUAAAGCGGAAUGCAAACCAGAACCUGUAUCAAAUACUGAGUCCGCAAUUUGGAACAUAUACCAACAACAAUCAGCGCGACGAUGCGUUGUAUUACGAAAUUCUGGACAUGAGCCUCAGCGAAAUGGAUACGAAGAAGAGCCUGAAGAUCAGUUGGGUCACUGAAGGAAUGUCCAGAGAGGAGUUCUUCGAGGUCCUCGUGCCCAAAUCGGGCACUGUACGCGACCUCCACCAGGGUCUGCAACAAAAGGCCAAACUUGACGACGAGACCACACAGAGAGUGCGGAUAUACGAAGUGCGCGCAAACAAAGUGUACAAAGAGCUUCUCCCAGAUGAUCACGUGGCGGUCCUCUCCGAUUUUGCGGGACUGUACGCGGAAAAGAUGCCCGAAGAAGAGCAAUACGCUGAUAGGAGAGAUUUUGUCGACUGCUUUCACUUCGAAAAGGAGCCAAGCAAGCCGCAUGGUAUUCCUUUCAAGUUCCUCGUCAAAUCUGACGAGACAUUCAAGGAUACCAAAUCGCGCCUGUCGAAGCGAAUCGGCAUCAAAGGCAAACAGUUCGACAAGAUCAAAUUUGCCAUCAUCCAGCGGUCUAUCUAUUCCAAGCCGACCUAUCUGAACGAUGAUAACAUUCUCUCCGAAGCCAUCGGCAGCCCGGAUGACCAACUCGGCCUCGAUCAUGUAAAUAGAUCCAAAGGACUUGGAGGCAAAGGUGAUUCGAUAUUUAUCCGGUGA